AUGGUAACACUUCGGCCCGUCAAUAAACAAAGGCGCCUGCGCAAUAGAGUCCAGACGCCUGCGCAGACGCACGGCGAGGGGGCACCGGGCGCCCCGCCCCUGCGGAGCCGCGCCAGCGUAGUUCCGGGUGAGCGAACCCAGAUCGCGCGUGCGCCGUUGUGGCCCAUGUUGUGGCGGCGCGGGGAACCGGCUGAGCUGCAGAACCAGCUAGUGUCAGCCGAGGGCCGGAACCGGAAGGCGGUGUUGUGCCAGCGUUGCGGCUCUCGGGUGCUGCAGCCAGGGACAGCUCUUUUCUCUCGCCGACAGCUUUUCCUUCCCUCCAUGAGGAAGAAGCCAGCUCUGGCUGAUGGCGGCAAUCCUGACGGUGAUCUCCUCCAGGAACACUGGCUGGUUAAUGACAUGUUCAUCUUUGAGAAUGUGGGCUUCACCAAGGAUGUGGGCAACAUCAAGUUUCUGGUCUGUGCAGACUGUGAGAUUGGACCCAUUGGCUGGCAUUGCCUAGACGACAAGAACAGUUUCUAUGUGGCCUUGGAAAGAGUUUCCCAUGAGUAACUGAGGGGACUCAGCUGUAAAACUAUACAGCUCUCCCCCCCUCCCCCCCAGAACUGACAGUGAACCUGUGGUGACUGCUGUGCUGGCAGUCUUCUCGGUACUAAUACAAAUGAUAAGCACCGAUGUUUGCCCUUGAACUUGCAGAGGGCCGUCCUGCUUCCUUCAAGCCUCAGUGCAUGCCUCCCACUUAGUCCUCUAUGCAUCACAACUGUCCUAACCCCCACCUCCCCGUUUUGGAACAUGGAAGAACAUGGGGGUACUCUACAAAGUGUAGUCUGGUCCUUGGCACUCUUCCUGGGCACCUUCCAGGGCCUGCUCCCUGCUCGACAAGAGCAGCAGUCAACUUUUUAGCCAUGAUAACAGUAAAAACAUGCUCACUUGCUAAUAGUUGAAACUCCACCUUUUUCUCAUUCAAGAAGCCAGGUGUAAUAGGGACACACCUGCAAUCCUACCUCUUGGGAGGUGGAAGCAGGAAGAUCAGGAAUUCAAGGCCAGCCUCAGCUAUAUAAUGAAUUGUAAGCCAGCCUGGGCUAUGUGAGACGUCUCAGAAAACAUAAAGCAUACAAGUAUUUGGAGUGACUUCAUGGUAUGUGACCUACUUGUCUACAGCAGUGUAUUCUUUUUAAAAGUAAAACAUUUACUAAUGUCAGUAUUUAAACCACUAAUUAGAAACACAUUACUUUUGAGACCCUUGGUUCCGGGUUGAUAGUGACUUUUUAUAGUGAAGAUGAAUGUGGCCCUUCUUCCUGAAGAUCUUGAUUCGGUUUCUCUUUUUAUUAGUGCCUCCCUGCUGCGGUCUGCAUUGUUAACCCCUAGGGAAACUCAGCCCUAACUGUUUGCCAGGCUGUCUUGGAGUCAGAGUGGAGGGGAUAGGAUUUACAUAGGGUAGCUUAGCCUAAUCACACCUGGGUUUACUAGGAAAGAUUUUCUUAAUGGGUGCUGUCAUCAUUCAUUAAAUAUAGGUAUACCAACACAGGAUGCAAACGCUUUCUACCAAGACCUCCAUUGUUAUGGGGUUGGGAUCACCUUUUCUUAUUAGCCAACUUAAACCUUCAACGUGAUUUCCAGUUACUUUGUCAUUUCUCUUCUGAGGUGACUCAGUAGUUUAAAAGGACUCUGUAUAAAACAGUGCAAAUACAUCAUCCUUUUCUCUGGAUGCCUAAAAUUGAAAUAUGGACUAAGUAGGGACCUUGUUAUUCCUUACAAUACCAGCAACUUGGGAGGUCAAGGCAGGUCAAGGUCAGCCUCAGUUACAUACCGAAUUCAAGGCCACCCUGUACUACACCAGCUUGUCUCAAACAAACAAAAAACAACAAAUAGAAGUUGGAAAGAUGGCUCAGCAGUUAAGAGUGUUUGCUGCUCUUUCAAAGGACCCGAGUUCAAUGCCUGUAAGGCCAGGUCAAAGGGGAUCUAAAGUUGCUUGCACAUGUAUGAUGUACAUGUAGAUAAGCAGGCACACAGUAAAAAUAAGUAAAUAAAAAUUUUAUAACUUAAAAAACAAAAGUUCUGGCUGGGUAGUGGUAGUGUGAGCCUUUAAUCCCAGCACUGGGGAGGCAGAAGCUGGCAGAUCUCUGUGAGUUCAAGGCCAGCCUGGUCUACAGAGCAAGUUCCAGGACAGCUUGGGUUGUUACACAGAGAAACUCCCUCUGCAUCUGUUUCCUGGCUAUUCUUUCCUCACUGAAGUAUUAUAAGGGCUCCCUCUUAAAGUACAGGCCCUGGGCACAGUUUUGCCAGCACUGGCUCACAAUCUGAAGAGGCUCUAAUGGCAAACGAGAGACCAUGUUUUCCAAACAAAUAAGCACACCUACCUGAAUAUGGUAACAGUUGAGACUGACCAGCUCGGGUCAGAAGGAACAAAACAAGCAGAUGGGUCUAGGGACACAUGGCCCCUCACCUCACAAGUCAGAGAUCUAAACUGAACUAGGCUUUUAACUCAUGCCCCCUUUUUAAACCACAGAAACAAUAGGUUUAUUGUAUAUCAAUGUAAAAAUCAGUAUAAAGUUCUAAUUAACUCAUACUUCCAUUGGGCAGAGCUUGCCAGUAGUAAUGUGUAUGUCCUCAAUGUCUUUCUAUGUGCAAACGUAGUUUUCUAAACAAAUAUGAGGUCAUACUGCACUCAUUUUUAUCUUGUUGCUUUUCAUUUAACAAAACAGGAACAUUUUCCUUGUCAGUAGACACACAGCCAUGAACAAUACCAAUGCUCCCUUUUAUUGCUAGGCUGUAACUUUAGUAAUCCAGUUGUGUUGCCUACAGUUGCUCGUAACACUGACACAGCACAAAAGGGUAUUAACUGUAUUUCCCAUCUCAUUUCCUCGGCUUGUACUAGAAGAAGUGCAGUUGUAGGGUGGGCUUGUCAUCAGAUCUUUGCCAAAUGAACACAAUCUUGGAAGCAGCCUGUCAGUCUACUCUCCCUUCUGGAACUCGGGUUUCUGCUCCCUUACUAACACUGGGUAUUUUUUUUUUUAAUCAUUAAGAAACACUUGCCACUUGCAUUUUUUAAAGCAUCUUAUUUGAACUUAUUUCUGAUUUAAAAAAAAAAUUAAUGAAUGAACGAAAGAAACUUGGCCAUAUUCUUAUUUUUGUUUGUUUUGAACUGUAUAGACCAAGCUGGCCCCAAACAUAACUUGUUUCCUCUUUCUAGAACUGCCAAAUGUUGACCCAGUGACCAAAAUAAAGUCAUUUAAGCAGUGAA